AUGAGUAAGUUCUUGACAAUCUUCUCCGGGCCAAAGGCCCCUGAAGAGCCGACCAAAGUCAAUUUCGCCGGUUUGCUGAAUCAUGGCAACACUUGCUAUUGUAAUUCCGUGAUCCAGGCGCUGUACGCGUGCCCGCUCUUCCGGACGCGCCUUCUGCAGUACAACGAUGCCAUGCGCCAAAGCCGGUCAUACCUGUUCGCCAAAAAGUCCCCCGGGUCGACCCUGCUAUUUCUCCUAUCGGACAUCUUCCGCAAGAUCCAGGCCGCCGGUGAUGGGCCGGAUAAUGUGGUGGACCCGCGGGAGUUCAUCAGUUUUCUGCGAGCCGAGAAUGAAACCUUCAACUCCCGCGCGCACCAGGAUGCCCACGAAUUUUUUACCUUCAUGCUGAACUCCAUGGCCGAAACCCUGGAAAAGGAGACCCGGCCGGCGGCCCACUCGCCGGUGGUCGGCUCGCUGGCGUCUGCUGCCGGCACUCCCCCCUCGGCGGCCCCCUCCACCUGGAUCCACCACCUGUUUGCCGGGAUGUUUGUCUACGAGACCCGGUGCCUGUCCUGCGAGCGGGUGACCAAGAAGACUGAGCAAUUUUUCGAGCUGUCCUUGAACCUGGUGGCCGAGAGGCCCCAGCCCAGCGCGGCGGCGGCCGCGUCUGCCGCGGCCGCCGCCAAUGCCGCCUCCAGCACGCGGCCCUCCGCGCCCGGGGCCGGGGCCGGGCCCGGGCCCGGGGCCGACCCGCCGGCCACCCCCCCGGGAGUGGUGCACCUGCCGGUCCAGCGGUCCAACUACCAGGCAUCCGCGCUAAACACCCAGCAUGUGUCGGUGUCCUUCUGCCUGCGGCGCUUCGCCACGUGCGAGCUCCUGCGCGGGCAGGACAAGUUCCGCUGCGCGUCGGCCCUGUGCGCCGGGGCGCCACAGGAAGCCGAGCGGUCGAUUCGCGUGGCCGAGCCGCCGCCCAUCCUCACGCUGCACCUGAAGCGCUUCCGCUCCGGGACCGCCUUCGCCGAUGCCUUCGCCCAGCAAUACCAUGGCCCGGGGCGCCUGGUGGGCGGGGACAAGCUCAACAGCCGGAUUCCCUUCCCGACGCAGCUGCGCCUGGCCGAGCUACUGACCCCCGAGGCCGAGGACCACACAUACACCCUCAUGUCGGUGGUGGUGCACAUCGGCGCGGAUCUUUCCCAGGGACACUAUAUUGCCAUCACCCGGACAUCGGACGACUGCUGGACUGUCUUCGACGACCAGGUCAUGCAUAUUGUCCCCAACCGCGAUCUUGGCCGGUACUUUGGGCUGCCACUGUCGAAGCCCAACGAGCGUGUCAUCACCCAAACUGGGUAUCUCCUUUUCUACGAGAAGAGUGCCGACCUCUAG